CUCAAAACUCAACAGGAAAGCAAAAUGAGCUGAAACCUCUCUCUCUCCCUCCCUGACAACAUCGGAGAGUUGACGACAGCAUAACGAAGAGCCUCUCAUGGAGGACGCCGAAGGUGUUCUCAGCUUCGACUUCGAGGGCGGCCUCGACACCGGCCCCCCCAACCCCGCCUCCUCCUCGGUUCCCGCCUCCAACAAUCCCGAUCCCUCCUCUGCUGCUGCCACCGCCGCCGCCCCCUCCUCCGCCGUUGGAGGAGGCGGGGGCGGCGUGGCCUCCGCUCCGGGCGCCGACCCUGGCUCGGGCGGGCCUAAUCCCAUGGGGAGGCGGAGCUUCAGGCAGACGGUGUGCAGGCACUGGCUGAGGAGCUUGUGCAUGAAGGGCGACGCCUGCGGGUUCCUGCACCAGUACGACAAGUCCAGGAUGCCGAUUUGCCGCUUCUUCCGCCUAUACGGGGAGUGCCGCGAGCAGGACUGCGUCUACAAGCACACCAACGAGGACAUCAAGGAGUGUAACAUGUACAAGUUGGGUUUCUGUCCAAAUGGUCCUGAUUGCCGGUAUAGGCAUGCAAAAAUGCCUGGGCCACCGCCUCCGGUUGAAGAAGUCCUCCAAAAGAUCCAACAGCUCACUUCCUACUAUGGCAAUUCAAAUAGAUUCUUCCAGCAACGUAAUAAUGGUGUUCCUCAACAAACUGAAAAAUCUCCGCUUCAGCAAGGCCCCAACAAUAUAAAUCAGGGAGGCGCCAAACCUUCUCCAGCAGAGUCUGCUAAUGUGCAGCAGCAACAGCAUGUUCAACAAACUCACCAACCAGUCGUCCAGACGCAGUCACAGAAUCAGUCAGGUGGCCUGCCUAAUCCAACAGGGAAAGGUCCUUCUCCUUUGCCUCAAGGAGUAUCUAGGUAUUUUAUUGUAAAAAGUUGUAACCGUGAAAAUCUGGAAUUAUCUGUACAACAAGGAGUUUGGGCAACCCAGAGGAGCAACGAAGCCAAACUGAAUGAGGCUUUUGACUCUACUGAAAAUGUGAUUUUGAUCUUUUCUGUCAAUCGUACUCGUCAUUUCCAGGGUUGUGCAAAGAUGACAUCUCGGAUAGGUGGAGCUGUUAUUGGAGGGAAUUGGAAGUAUGCACAUGGAACAGCACACUAUGGGAGGAAUUUUUCAGUCAAGUGGUUAAAGUUAUGUGAAUUGUCCUUCCAAAAAACUCGCCAUCUGAGGAACCCAUACAAUGAAAACCUACCAGUGAAGAUAAGUAGGGACUGUCAAGAGUUAGAGCCUUCCAUUGGUGAGCAGUUGGCUUCCUUGCUUUACCUCGAGCCAGAUAGUGAACUUAUGGCCAUAUCCCUUGCAGCAGAAUCCAAGAGGGAAGAGGAAAAGGCGAAAGGAUUAAAUCCAGAUAAUGGUGCUGAAAACCCUGAUAUUGUUCCUUUCGACGACAAUGAAGAAGAGGAGGAAGAGGAGGAGGAAGAAGAGGAAAGUGAAGAGGAGGAGGAAGGCUAUGGCUCUGGCUUUGGGCCAGGAUCUCAGGGUAGAGGGAGGGGUAGAGGGAUGAUGUGGCCUCCGAUGCCACUGGCGCGUGGGGCCCGGCCAAUGCCUGGAAUGCGAGGUUUCCCUCCCAUGAUGAUGGGCCCCGAUGGAUUCUCCUAUGGGCCUGAUGGUUUUGGGAUGCCAGACCUAUUCGGGAUGGGCCCACCUCGUCCCCCUUUUCCUCCUUAUGGACCAAGAUUCUCUGGGGAUUUCCCUGGCCCUGGAGCUGGCAUGAUGUUCCCUGGACGGCCUGGGCAACCCGGGUCAUUUCCACCAGGACCUGGUGGGUUUGGUAUGAUGAUGGGACGCGGUCCCCCCUUCAUGGGAGGCCCUCGUGCUGCUGGUGGUCGUCCCUCAAUUCUUCCACCACCUCCUCCACCCCCUCAGAGUGGGGGUGGUCGGAUCGUAAAGAAGCCAGUGGGGUCUAACGAGAGAUACGGUGGUGGAUCAGAACAAGGCAGGGCUGCAAGCGAUCAUGACUCGCUCAACCAGCCAGGAGGGGGGCCCUCCAGGGCAAUUCAUGGAGAGCAAUUCGGUGGAAACAACAGCUAUAGGAAUGAAUACGACAGCGAGAGCGAGGAUGAAGCACCCAGGAGAUCGAGGCAUGGGGAUGCAAGGAAGAAGCGUCGUGGCGCUGAAUCAGAUGCUGCGAAUAUGGGCUCGGAGCACUAGCAGAAAAGGCAACCCUUGCUUGGUCUAUCUUUAUGAAGUACACCAACUGAUCAGCAUAGGCAGGCAUUGUACAUCAUCCAUAAGGGAUUACGUCCCGUUCUCCAGCUGAUUUUGUCCAAUACGUAUCUAAAAUUGCGAUUUCAUUAGGCCUGUUUGUUGAGGUGAGGUUAGGCAUUGUGAUGUGUAGAAUUUUGUAUGAGCCUCAUUGGAUGCCUUGGAUAGAGGAAGUCUUUCUAUAUAUAUAGAUUCUCCUUUGCGUAUCAUUAGCA